AUGGAAGAGGAGAGCCAGCACCCGCUCUCGCUUUGCGGCACCCCCACUUCCUCGCCCGUCCUGCCACUGCCACCACUACGAGUGUCGUUGGGGUCCGCGCUCGGUGGUGAGGGCGAUGUGGCCAUCAGCCCGGGGACCACCUACGUGGUGCGGCUGGAACUGCGUCCGCCCGCGUCGUUCGCCUCGCAGCCGGUCCACCGGCUCGUCCUACACGCUCCGCCCGCGCCCAACCCAUCACAGGACGUCGCCAGGGGAGUGCUGGAGUUGAAGCUGGAGGUGCUCAAGGACGGACUUGCGCUGCCGCUGGUGGACACGCUGAGCUUUCACAAGAAGAAGAACGAAAGGCGGAGCUACCUCGAGCACGACCUCAAGAACACGCCGCUGGCCAUCCACCUGAGCGAGCUCCGCGAGGACCGGCCCGAGGGCCGGUCCUACAGCAGCGCCAUCUACGUGCGCUUCAACGUGCGCGGGAAGCAAAGCGAGCGGUGGUUUCUCCGGGCCAGCGUGCCCAUCCUCGGCCCGCGCGUCCAAGUCGACAUUCCACUCACAUUCCAUGGCGGCAAGCGAAAAGCGGUCGCGCCGUCGCCGUCGCCGUCGCCGUCUCCAACGUCGUCGCAGCAGCUGUGGACACCAUCACCCUCACCCUCACCCUCACCCUCUUCUUCUUCAUCGUCGUCGUCGAUGACGAAUUCCAUUUCGGCAUCGCCUUCAUCGUCGUUGCCUUCGCCUUCGCCUUCGCCUUCGCCUUCGCCCCAGCCCACGCCCCUCCAGCCGCGCAGCUCCCCCGCGGCCGCGGCACCGCCAUCCCACGUCAUCCAGCGCCUGCUCCACCUGAUGACGCCCGGAAGCGCCCAGCGCGCCGCGACCGCCGCUGCAGCCCAAGUCGAGCCAUCGCCGCCCGCAGUCCAGGCCACCGAGCAGCGGCCGCCGCCCGCCGCCGCGUCACCACCCCCGAAGCCCACCACCGCAGCGACGGCGACGGCGACCGCCCCGGCAGCGCUGCCGCCCCACACGCAGCUCAUGAGCACCCGGAGCGAGGUCAAGAAGGUCAUCCCCGACGGCGCCCGCCUGCGCUCGCUCGACGAGAAGAUCGUGGUCCACAUCACCGGCAAGGAGCUGUUGGAGCAUGGCGACCACCUCGACGUGCGUCUGCAGUGCGACUUCUUCGACGUGACGCUGCCGGCCACAGCCGAGAGCCGCAUGGCCAACAAGCGGCAGGAGGUGCGCUUCACCCCUCGGCAGCUGUUCGGUGGGACCGUCAUGCAUCUGGUGGCUACCGACCGGGUCAAGUGCCGCCUUAGCUUCUACUGCGCGGGCGUCCAUAUCGCCGCCUGGCAGCGCUUCACCUUCACCAUCGACGCACCGCUCCAGCCGACCGAGCCGGCCUCCGAUUCUGUCGCUGACAGCCGGGCUGCAGCCCGAGUCGCCCAGAAUCAGAUCGACACGCGUGAGGCCGACGAGCCGGCGGCCAAGCGACCGCGCACCACCGCCUACGACGAGCCGGCCCAGCCACCACCACCGCUACAACAACAACAACAGCCUCAGAUCGAGGCAAUGGAGCACACGGCACAGGAGCGGCUGCAGGGCGGUGAAGUGGUCGCCGAGCCCUGCGAAGAAGAGGACACGGAAGAGGAGUUCGGCGGUGGCGGCAACUGGCCGAGGACGACCCCAGCGGAGGAGGACACACACGGCGAAGCCGCGACAGCGAAAGACGAUGAGUCGCAGCCGCAGCCGCCGGCAGCCCAAGGCUCGCAGUCAGAGGAGUACGUCGACAUGGACGAGACACAGGAGGAGGUGCUGGACGACGUGGAACCGGCCGCACCAGUGCCGACAAAGCCGGUGGCCGACCAGCCUCGACAGACCCCAGUGACGGCCGCCACUGCGCCGCCACCGCCUGUCACCACUGCCACCGUCGUCGCCGCCAGCGCCGCCGCCGCCACGACUUCUGCCGCCUCUUCCUCGGCGCCACCUCGGCCUCCGCCCGCCACGACCGUGUCCACGCCGCCGCGGCGGCCGCCGGCUGCUUCUUACCAGUCGCCACAGCUGCCGCCGCGACCGCCGGUCUCUUCUUCUUCUUCUUCUUUCAUUCUCUCCUCGAUCCCGGCCCACCUGUUCCCGCCCCGGCUCGCCGCUGCCAACUCCCUCUCCCGACCACCCACGCCAGCGCCCACGCCCAAGUCGGCCCCUGUGGUCGCCCCAGCGCCGACCUCGACCUCGGUGCUCCCCGUGGUGAUCGCGCCCCGACCGCUCUUGCCGAGGCCGGCGUCGAAGCAGGCCAUACCGGCGAGCAUGCGGCGACCGCUGGCCCCACCCGCCUGGUGUGCGAGAUGCUCGCGAAUCCACCAGCUGCCCUGCUACGCCGGAGCCAGGACCACGCGCAUCAACUGCUACGGCCAACCGGUCUCGUCGUCCGCGUACUGCGGCAUUGAAGGGCACUGGAAGACCGAGUGUGAGCUCCGGGUCUGGCACGAGCAAAACGCGGCCAACAAGCGCACAACCGACUCUGUUGCGAGUACCAGCUCAACCGCAAACCCAUAA